AUGCCGAGAAGAAGGCCAAAUAUAGGACGCAGUACGUCUGCUGCUAAAAGACUUCGUUUGAAUCGGAAUAGUGAAAAUAAUGAAGAGAGAGAACUGCGUUUAUCAUUGGACCGUGAAAGACAUAUUUCGCAAAGACUGCGAGAGUCUUCUGCGGAACGUAACGCACGUUCUCCUUCCAUUGUUUGUCAAUACUGUUCGGCACUGAGAUGGAAAGAUGAGUCAAAAGGUUUAUGUUGUUCAAAUGGUAAGGUAAAAUUAGAUGAAAUAGGUGCUCCACCUGAACCUUUAAAUUCUCUACUUGAUGAAAGUCAUCCAAAGCAUACAGAAUUUAUGCGUCAUAUUCGGCGGUAUAAUAAUGCGUUCCAGAUGACUUCAUUCAAAAGUCAACGAGUAGUUGAAAACGGCUUCAUGCCAACAUUUAAAGUCCAGGGCCAGGUUUACCACCUUGCAGGAAGUCUUCUUCCACAAGUUCCUGACGACCAUAAGUUUUUGCAGAUAUAUUUUAUUUCCGAUCCUGAAGUUCAAGCAACGACUCGAUGUAAUAUUAGUAAUAGUAAUUCAAGAACACCACUUGAUAACUCUAUAGUCAGGUCAUUGCAAAACAUGUUGCAUUUGCAUAAUAGAUACGUACAAUCUUUUAAAACUGCAAUGGAAAGUAUCUCUCUCGAUGUCCCAGAUUACAAUGUAGUAAUUCAUGCAAGCAGGGUACCUGACGGUGAACACCGUGGACGGUAUAAUGCUCCUUCUACCAGUGAAGUAGCAGUUGUCAUUGCUGGACAACAAUUUGACAAAAGGGAUAUCGUUCUUCGAAGCCGCGACGAAAAUCUCCACAAAAUUUCCGAACUACAUCGUUCAUAUGACAGUCUUCAAUAUCCAUUGAUGUUUUGUCGAGGUGAAGACGGAUACACAAUUGAUAUUCCCCAAGUUAAUCCUUCUACAGGAGACAGAGUACAGAAGAAAGUUUCAUGUAUGAAUUAUUAUUGCUAUCGUUUAAUGGAACGCCAUAAUCAUUAUAAUGUUUUACUAAGGUACGGAAUGUUACUGAAUCAAUAUGUUGUAGAUCAGUAUGCUAAACUAGAAUCAGAACGUUUAGCUUUUAUACGAAAUAACCAAACACAAUUACGCGCAGAAAAUUAUAUACACUUACAGGAUGCUUUACAUUCUAAUGAACACACGACAAACAAUAUUGGGCAGCUGGUAAUAUUACCGUCAUCUUUUACUGGCGGACCAAGAUACUUACACGAAAAAACUCAAGAUGCCAUGACCUAUGUCAGGAAUUACGGGAAACCUGACCUCUUCAUUACUAUGACCUGUAAUCCUAAUUGGAAAGAAAUAAAAGAUAAUCUGCAUUCCACCGCAACACCUCAAGACCGAUAUGACAUUUUAAAUCACGAAGACCCAACAUUGUAUGACAUCGUGGUAAGGAACAUGAUUCACGGACCCUGUGGAGCUUUAAACCCUAACUCGCCAUGCAUGCAUGAGGGAAAAUGUUCAAAAAAAAUCCCAAAACCAUAUCAGAGUCAAACUUCAACUGGUGAUGAUGGCUAUCCAAAGUAUAGAAGAUUAUCACCAGACGAAGGAGGACGCAAGGCUGCUAUUCGUAAUUACGAAAUUGAUAACAGAUGGGUAGUGCCUUACAAUAAACUAUUAUUAAAAAUUUUCGAGGCGCAUGUUAAUGUAGAACUUUGCAGUUCCGUGAAAUCAAUAAAAUAUGUCACUAAAUACAUCAAUAAAGGAAGUGACCAGGCUACGUUUAGUUUACAUUCUACAAAUGAAGUAGAAUAA